AUGGAAAACGCCAAUGGACUUAAUCCACCACCUGCACCGCGUGGUAAUGCUGUGAUCGUUCCACAUCAGAGAAACGCUCCAGAGGAUCGGAAUGUGAGGGAACCUGCACUUGCAGCUGGUCAUGGACGAAUACUUGGAGAUUACAACAGGCCUGAGCAGUUCUAUGCAAAUCCUAACUGGUUGAAGCAGUUGAAGCCAGGAUCACUCACUACUUGGGAAGAGACCAGGAAUGCUUUCCUGCACAACUUCUUCGAUGAUGCUAGGUCUGAGGAGUUGAGAACGAAGAUUUCGACUUUCUCUCAGGAACCAACUAAAGCGUUCAAAGCUUCUUGGGUGCGAUUCAAAUCGUACCAGCGAGACUGCCUCCAUCAUGGCUUCAGCGAUGUGCAGCUGUUAGGUAUCUUCUUCAGAGGUAUUGAUUGGAGCAAUAGCACCAAGAAUGCAGCUCUUGAGCGAAAGAAGCAAGCUGGAAACAUGGAUAGAUCGCAGAUCGCUGAGGUGAAAGGUAAACUUGACUCUGUGCACAGCCUUUUAGUGGGUAAGAAGUCUGUCAGAUUCUCACAGGAGGUGGAGAGUUUCGAACCUGAGGAUGAAGCUGAGGUGGAGGAUGUCAACUUUGUCAGUGAAUCAGGAUUUCAGGGUCAGAGCCUCAGUAAUCAGAACUUAUCUGGUUACACGCCUAAGCCUCAGCCCUUUUCCAACAACAGUUUCUCCAGAAAUUACAGCACUCCUUCAUCUCAACCUCAAAAUCCUGACAAUGAGAUGAAGUCUAUGCUGGAACAAAUUCUGGAAGGUCAGCAGAAGCUCAUCGUGGACUUUAAUGGGAAGAUGGAUGCUCUCUACCUUGAUCUGAAUGGAAAAAUCGAAGCUCUGAACACUCAUGUCAAGCAGCUCGAUACCCAGGUUGCUCAAACUGCAGGUUCUGUUAAAAGGCAAGAAGGUUUUCUUCCUGGGAAGACUGACACCAAUCCAAGGCAUCACUGCAGUGCUAUCACGUUGAGGAGUGAGGAGAAGGCUUACAAACCUAAAGUUCCUUACCCAAGGAGCCCUAGGAAGUCCAAGCAAGAGCUUGAUGAUGCACGAUGCAAAGCCCUGAUGGAAAAGCUUGUGAUUGAGAUUCCCUUGGUUGAUGCUGUGAAAUUCACUCCUGUUAUCAGGCGUUAUGUGAAGCGAAUGGUGACUAAUAAUCUCAGCCAUGAACAAGUAGUGAUGAUGAUUUCUGAGCAAGUCAGUGCAGUGAUUCAGAACCGAAUUCCGGAGAAGCUGUCUGAUCCAGAAAGCUUUGUCUUGGAUUUCUCUAUCUUCACAGAGAGAUUCAAGAGAUCGAUGUGUGAUCUGGGUUCAAGUGUUAACCUCAUGCCUUAUUCAGUAGCUGUCAAUCUCGGUAUGACUGACUUCAAGCCGACAAGGAUAUCUCUCAUCCUAGCUGAUCGUUUGACAAGGAUACCUGAAGGGGUGCUAGAAGAUGUUCCAAUCAAGGUUGGAGACUGCAUGAUACCAACUGAUUUUGUGGUUCUGGAGUAUGGUGAGGAGCCUAAAGAUCCUCUUAUCCUUGGGAGACCUUUUCUAGCUACAGCAAGCGCUAUUAUUGAGUCAGGAAAGGCAGGAUCGCUCUGA